AUGCCCUGUCCAUGCACGCUAGGCCGCAUGUGGACGUCACUUGACCCGCCCGCCCAAAGCGUGCACAUCCUUCAUGCCAAUCCCAACCUCACCCUCACGCCCCUCGUCAUCGCUGCGGGUGAUGCGCCGCCAGUCCAAGCUUCACGCCUCCCACCAGCCCGGUGCACCGCCGGCCAGCCUGGUGCCGCCUCCAGCCCAACCGCCAGCCUGAGAGAGAGCACACCGACACCACGACCACGCCCACUCCCGCCCUCCUGGACGAGCCCGUCGCUCUGCUGUGCGCCGACGGCUACGGCUACUGCUACUGCUACUGCUACUACUCUCUCUCUCUCCUCCUGCCAUUGCUACUGGUCUGCUAUCCACAUCCCACUCUCCCCCCAUCCACCACCACCACCCCCCCCAGCCAGCCAGCCCCGCCAACCACGCGCAACUGUCGCAAUCUUGGCCGUCUCCCCUCGCUGUGCCUCUCUCUCUCACGCGCGUGUGCUGUCGCUUGCUGCCCCUCUGGCGCCCUUGACCCGACGUCGGCCCUUGUUGUACGCCGGCCGACGUCUCCCCUCCCCUCGUCCCCCCUUCUCAUCCUCACCCGCGCCCAUCCCACCAGGGCCUCAGCGCUGCCGCAUGGCCAAAGUUUCGCGUCCUGCCUCACCAGCGGCCGCCGUCCAGGAACGUGAAGCUUACGCUGCCCUAACGCCAGGCCCGGCAGCUGCGGAGUCAUGGCACGCUAGCCUAGCAUCGCCCAUGGAUGGGGCAGUGGGCGCCCGUGGGCUCUGCUAG